AGCGCGGGAGCAACACCCCCUUCCGGGAGUUCCGUUCUAGCCUGGCCUCUCUAUGGCCUAAACCGGAACUGCUGCUCUUGCUGCGUCUUCUCCUAUCGCGUCUGCCCGUCUUGUCUUUCCGCCCGGCCCGACUCUGUGACCGGCGUGGACAGAGCUUCUGCUCUAACGUACGGGAGCGAGUAAUCACGGCUACUUGCGGCAGCUUCUGCCCGCCCCUGCGAUCGGCCCAGGCUGCCUUCGGCGGGCGGCGCAGGUAUUGCACUACCCCACACCACAGACAAGGCUGCUACAGAGUGAAGGAUCAGUGGAUCGCAGAGUUCAAUAGAAGGUCUCAAAGAAUUGUGGAAAAGAAUCAGAACCACUUUAGAAAGAUUUUUGCAGAAUGGAGGGGAAUCAAGUGGAAAAAAUGGUGCUAACAAAAGAUGGGAGAAAAACUGCUGUGGAUAAGAAGUGUGAUGGGGAAGAAAAUAAGUCAGUGGAAAGCAAGGUUUACAUGGAUUACAAUGCAACCACCCCAAUGGCACCAGAAGUGAUCCAAACUGUAACAAAGGCCAUGCAUGAGGCCUGGGGCAAUCCCAGCAGUUCUUACACAGCAGGUAGAAAGGCCAAGGAGAUCAUAAAUGAAGCUCGGGAGAGCCUAGCCCAGAUGGUGGGAGGAAGGCCCCAGGACAUCAUUUUCACCUCAGGGGGCACGGAGGCAAAUAAUUUAGUUAUCCACACGGCACUGAGGCAUUUUAGAGAGAGUCAGAUGCUGGGACAGGAUGGGCCUGGUGAGGAUCACAAAAGAGCAGCCGGGGCCACUCCUCAUUUCAUUGCAUCUAAUGUGGAACAUGACUCAGUCCGUUUGCCAUUGGAACACCUUGUGAAAGAGCACAUGGCAGAAGCCACCUUUGUCCCAGUGUCCAAGAUGACUGGACAAGUGGAAGUUGAUGAUACCAUUGCAGCAAUCCGUCCAACCACGUGCCUGGUUUCCAUCAUGCUGGCCAAUAACGAGACUGGGGUAAUCAUGCCCAUCUCAGAGCUCAGCCAGCGGAUUCAGAUCCUGAAUCAGAACAGAAUGGCAUCAGGGCUGCCCAGGAUUUUGAUGCACACAGACGCGGCCCAGAUGAUAGGGAAGGGGCGAGUGGAUGGACAGGAGCUGGGAGUGGAUUACCUCACCAUUGUGGGACACAAGUUCUAUGCCCCACGGAUUGGAGCACUGUACGUGCGAGGGCCUGGGGUCACCACUCCUCUGCAUCCCAUGCUGUUUGGAGGGGGACAGGAGCGGAAUUUCCGUCCUGGGACAGAGAAUACGCCAAUGAUCGCUGGCCUUGGCAAGGCUGCUGAGCUGGUGAACAAGAACUGUGAGGAUUAUGAGGCUCACAUGAGGGAGGUUCGGGAUUACCUGGAGGAGAGGCUAGAACUUUCGUUUGGAAAGCAGAGACUCCACCUUAACAGUCAAUUUCCAGGCGCCAAGCGGCUCUGCAACACUUGUAACUUUUCUGUUUUGGGGCCAGGGCUGAAAGGGCGGAUGGUGCUGUCCCACUGCAAGACUCUACUUGCCAGUGUUGGUGCUGCAUGCCACUCUGAGAAGGGUGACCAGCCCUCCUCUGUACUACUCAGCUGUGGGAUUCCCUAUGAAGUGGCUCAGAAUGCCCUGCGGCUCAGUGUGGGGCGGGACACCACCAAGGAGGAUGUGGACGUGAUAGUGGAAGACCUGAAGCAGUCUGUGGCUCAGCUGGAAAAGAACAGAGUCACUGAGAGACAAGGGAUCAGGAGGAGGAACUGAGAGGGGAGAUCUCCUUGAAAGAAACAGAUUUUUUGGGCGUGAUUCUCCCCUGCCCUGUACCUGGUGUGUCAUUUAUUGAGUGUGACAAGCUGUCCAGUCAGAAAAGUAAUGUUUUACACCUGCCUUGCCUUGGUGUAAAUGACUGCAGAAGGUGCAAGGCAACGGAGUGUCCAGUUUUGGGCCCCACACUACAAGAAGGAUGUGGAAAAAUUGGAAAGAGUCCAGCGGAGGGCAACAAAAAUUAUUAGGGGGCUGGAGCACAUGACUUAUGAGGAGAGGCUGAGGGAACUGGGAUUGUUUAGUCUGCAGAAGAGAAGAACGAGGGGAUUUGAUAGCUGCUUUUAACUACCUGAAAUGGGGUUCCAAAGAGGAUGGCUCUAGACUGUUCUCAGUGGUACCAGAUGACAGAACCAGGAGUAAUGGUCUCAAGUUGCAGUGGGGGAGGUUUAAAUUAGAUGUUAGGAAAAUCUUUUUCACUAGGAGGGUGGUGAAGCACUGGACUGCGUUACCUAGGGAGGUGGUGGAAUCUCCUUCCUUAGAGGUUUUCAAGGUCAGGCUUGACAAAGCCCUGGCUGGGAUGAUUUAGUGGGGGAUUGGUCCUGCUUUGAGCAGGGGGUUGAACUAGAUGACCUCCUGAGGUCCCUUCCAACCCUGAUAUUCUAUGAAUGAAGCAUUUACCGAGUGACUACAGAUUAGAUCUGAGCAUCCUGAUAACAUCCUGUGCCAAUAACAUUACCGGUGUCCUGUUUUAAUUACUAUGAUUUUAUAACCUUGUGACAGCAAUCAAAGAAACUUUGUGAAACUGCACUAUGUUAAAAAAGCCACCCCCAUUCCUAAGGCCACGCCUUGUUACUGUGGAGUUCUGUGUCAAAUACUACAGGGUCAUAGUUGCAUUCUGGGUGCCUGAUUUUGCUGCUAUUGAAAUCAGUGGCCAAACUUCCACUGACUUCAUUUGAUCAGGAUUGGGGUCAGGAAGGAGCUGGUGAUCUUUCCUCUGGGGGAGCUGUAAGGAAAGGUAAAUGUAAAUGCUAGUAAGUGCUCAGUGCCCCUUGCCAUUUGAAGGCCUGAGCCUAUUACUACAGUUGCUGGAUUUUUUUUUCAGGUCACCUUUAAGAGCAGACUGUAGCUAUAAAUAUCUGCUUAUGUUUUUGUAAAAAUGGCCUCUUGUGGUACCACAGGAUAAAUUCAUAAAUUGUCCACCGUCUAUAACACUGAUAGAGAAAUACAUGAUGAUCACAGACAGGAGCUGGCUGUAGACACCCUCUCCCGCAGGGACCUGCCUUGAUGGUCUUGAGCAUCCCUGCCCCCAACGGCCCAUUUUCCACUGCUACAGAAGAAUUAGAGACACUCUCCUAUUUCCCCAGCAGCCCAUGUGACUUCACCCUCCCCUCUGGGGCUUUCAGCACAAGAUUCCUUCUUGCUGCUAACAAACCCUGGGACAGACUCUGCCGCAUCAAAAAAAUCAUUUCCCAGAAGAAACAGUGCAAAAUUGUGUGCCACUGCUGCGACAGUCAGUUCAACCUGCAAAUCACCAGUUUCCAUGUGUACCUUAGCUAAAGGUGCAAGGACUUUAAUCUCCCACCAGUUCUAAUUCUGCCAUUUUUCCUGGUAACAAAUCCUUCUCCUGGAUCAGGUCCCUCUUGACAACAGAAAUUUCUAUACCAGUAUCCCUCCAACCUUGGCAUACUUUGCCAUUGAGCUUAACAGCAUGCAUAUGCUCACUGCUUGGUUGCGUAGAAGCAACCUUUACAAAUCCUGUGUGGUAAGAGGCAGCAGCCUGGGAUACCCCUGUGCUCGGAGAAGCAGCAGGUUCAUGUGUUACCUGCUCAGUUCCCCACUGCAUCCACCUUUUUGUCCCACAAAUACUCUUUUACCUCAUUGUAGCAUUCAUGCAAGGUUCAUGCACUUGGCAACAUUCAGGGCACACCCAGAGUGUUGUGUAGGAGCAGUGCACACACGGCUCCUCUCAAGGGCAUGAACCUUGGAAUCUCGCCCAGAUGACAUGAACCGUGGGAAGCCUCCCAGGACUGGGCUCAAGGCCCGAGAGCAAGGAAUGCGGUAGAUAGAUAUCGGUAAAUAAGAAUAAGAACAAAGCCAGUGUAUUCCUUUUAUCUGUUGGAGUAUGUAAUGCGUGGGGGGAGAGAAAGAAUAAAAGAGAGGGUGGAAAGCUGACAGGAGACCAGCCCGUCGGCAGACCAGCCUGCUUGCUUGCUUAAAGCCUUGUUCUGUCUGGUAUUUGAACCGCAACACAUCAUCACUGCACAUAUUUAGGAACUGCCCCUGAGGAACCAAAUUGCACAUUUCUUCAAAGCCUGUAAUGCCUUUUCCCCUCACCUACUUGACUAACAAAUCCUUCAUUUCAUUUACAUAAAGUACAUUACUUAGUCCAGUUCCCCUCUUAAGGCUCCUUAAUUUAACCCUGUAGGUUCCAGGUGUAAUCUGAAAAUGUUUCAAAACCAAUUCCUUAACGGUACCACAGUUUGAAGCAUCAGCAGUAGGCAUCUUAUUGAAUAAAUCCAGAGCUCUUCCAAUCAGUUUUGCUACCAAAGUAGUCAUCUUUUGAUCCUCGGGAAUUGCAUGGAGAGUGCACAGUCUCUCAAAUGUGAUGACAUUUUGGGCAGUAUCACUGAAUUCAUCAUAUGGUGGGAAUAACCGUUCCCAUUUGUGGACUUUUGGGGAAGUGGAGCCAGCUGCUGAAGGUUUUUGAUUCUUCCACUCCAUUACAGCAAGCUCAUGCUUCUGGGUCUCAAUAUGGGCCUGUAUUUCUUUGACUCUUAACUCCAGGAAUUGCUGCCUCUCUCUUUUCUUUUUCUCCUGGGCAGCUUUCUGUGCUUCAAUCUCAGCCUGUUUCUGGGCCUCAAUUUCUUUGUCUUUUAAGUCCAGGGCUUGCUGGUGGGCUGCCUUUUGUCAGCCUCCAGCUGCCUAAGUUCCAGGGCUUGCUGGUGGGCAGACUUCUUUUUCCAGGAGAGAUUUUUAUGCUUCAAUUUGGACCUGUUUCUGGGCCUCAAGUUCUUUGCCUUUUAACUCCGUGACUCUUUCAUGAGCAGCUUUCUCCCUGGCAAUUUUCACAUCAAUUUCCAUUUGUCUUAAUUCCAUCUGCCUUUUGUGUUCAUUUUCCUUCUCAGCAAUCUGCAGCCUCUGAAGUUCUAGCUUCUUCUGAGCUUCACUCUCACUCAUUUUGCUUACUUUUCUGUCCUUAUUUCCCUAACCCAAAAUAAGCAAACAGAAAGUAACAAACCAGUAACUCCUUUGUCUGUUCUCCAGCCACCGCGCUUAAAACUCACUCAAACUCACUACCAGUGUCUCAAAGCAAUCAGCUGUGCACAUAUCCUGUUUGACUACACCACUGUGAUGGGUUCUGUCUCAGAGACCCCCUUGAGACUGCCCCCUGAUGUGCUGAGACUAUCUCUGAGCCCGUUUUCCCUGCCCGCCUGGGGCUUCCACAACCCUGUCUUGUUGAACCAGACAAGGUAGCCUGCUGCAACACAGACCCAAAGUUUGGUUAAUGCCCUCAAAUCUGAAGUCUAAACAAAAGAGCUCAGCAAGUGCUCCUGUCUCCAGCACCCAGACACCCAGCUCCCAAUGGGAUCCAAACCUCAAAUAAAUCUAUUUUACUCUGUAUAAAGCUUAUACAGGGUAAACCCAUAAAUUUUCCACCCUCUAUAACACUGAUCGAGAGAUAUGCACAGCUGUUUGCUCCUCCAGUAGUUUAUUUGAGGUUUGGAGUUAGUAUUCUGCGCUACCCUGCGCAUGGAGGUCCUGGUGGGUGCGGAGGUCUAUCGGAGGGGGACCCAAUACUGCAGUGCCUGCCACCGCCUCAUCGGAUGAGGGGGAGAAGGUGGGUUGUCUGGGGCCUCUUGGAGAGCUGGGCCCAGUAGCCCUGUGCCAGCGACCUCAGUGCCUGGACCAGGAACUGGAGUUGGAGGGGGACCUGAAGCAGGGAGAGAAGCCAUCAUGGGGUGGGUCAGCUGGCGGUAGCCUCUGGCACUCGUGGCUCAGAUGGGGCUGAUUGAGAAGUCCCAGACAGAGCACCCUGGCUAUUGAGUAGACCCUUGAGUGGGACCUUGCUCCUGUGCCUGCCAGUGUCCAGCCCCUUAGUCCAUGUGGCUGUGGUCCAAAUGGCAGCGUUCUGAGAAGCACGAGCCCGCCUCCGAUCCUUUAGAAUGAGAGGAAGAACGUGAUGGCCAUGGUGGUGCUGAGUGGAUCUGCGCCAAGUCACGUCGAUGAGGCGAUAGAGAGUGGUGUCACGAUGCUGGGGAGCGGUGCUGGGACCUGGACAGUACUAAGAUCUGGAACCGUGACUGGAUCUGUACCUGGGCCAAAAUGAUGAGCGGCAUCAGGUCUGGGAUUGGCUCCUCAACGGCGACUGGCACACGGAGCGGUGCCGAGACAAGUGCUGCGAGUAUGAGCAGUGUCGCGAUGGAGAGGGGUGCCAGGAUUACGAGCAGCAUCGGGAGUGGGAACAGGGCCGAGAACGGAAUCAGUGCCACAGCUCGACCAACGGUGCCGGCAGGUGGAUGAGUUCUGGCUUGCCUCGGGGUGGUGCCACAUGUACAGGUGCCGGCGCCUUGGUCUGAGCUGAGUGGAUGCCGAUACUGUCAAGAUAAUAAGAUCCCUUGCAGCCGCAGAGGUAUCUGGUGUAGGAGGCAACUGGACCUCAACUAAGCUGCAAGUCAGGGAGUCGGUGGGCACCUGACUCAACGGCACUGCCCCUGGGGCCUGAGUCAGUGGUGCCAAAGCUGCAGGUUAUGCUCCUAGUUUGUAAGGAUGUAUUAAAUGUAUUAAAUUAGAGGAAUUUUGGAGGGCCAGGACCCAAUAUGGGAAAGGAUAGUUACAAAAUUUAGUAGGGUCUAAUUUAUGAUGCCUUUCUUGUUCAACAUAAAACACUGCUAUUUGUUAGGACUCUGCAAAAACUUGUAAAUAAGGAAUAUAUGCAUAGGAAAAAAAUAAAAUGUAAAGGCCAUUUUUGAAGCCAAAUGGUCAAGGGAGAAGGAGUAAAAAAACUAAAGAGACUGAAGACUCAGAGAGAGCAGAGAACCAUCAACACCCAUCCAUGGUUGAGGAGGGGCAGACUGACAACCCUGAGGUGAAAGCUGGCAACCUUAAACCACAAAAUAAAAAUUAAAUCAAAACCAGACAGAAUGACCCUCAGGUGUCACCAAAAAAUAACACCAAAUUAAGAAGUAACCGGUCACAAACUGACACAGAAAAAUCCAUAGACUUCAACAACAACCAAAAAAGACUAUAAGAACAGAAUGCUUUGUCAUGGGACUUUGGGUUCGUCUUGACACUACUCCAGGAGCAUCGGAUUGUGACCAACAGAGCCCGGCUCCACUCUGUGACCAAUCUGGCUGGCCACUAGAUUGAUCCAGACUCUGGAUUGGUAACUAUAAACAUCAACUGGCAGGACUGUGUGCAUGGACUGUGCGCAUGGGGCGCGGGGGGUGACUAAAAAGAAUAUGCUAGCUGUAUUCUCAAUAAAUGCGUGUUGCC